AUGAGGCUGCUCUUCUUAAGUGGAUGAGAUGCCUUGACUCUACACCCACCGCACCAUGGCAGGUUUAGUCUCCUUUGUGGGUUUGGUGGCAAUGCUAAAGACUCUCACGCGUGCCGGCUGCCAGCGUGCCGCGUUUCUCGGAAUAACAGUGUUGGUGACAGUGAUCGCAUCUGACUCACCUGUUGCAGAUGAGCGUCUGCACAAUUCAACACACCAGCCCACUGGAUUUUUUGGAGAUAAUCCAAGUCCCACAGGGUCUUCACCAUCAGCCUUACCAGACUCGCAUUAUACUGCCUUUGAGAGCCCCGACUCACCUGGUCCUCUGCCAUCUGCUCCACGGCCGGGCUAUGAAGCUACAACGGACGCCAUGCCUUUUCAUUGGGGGAACAUUAAGGAUAAAAAAUCCAAAUCUACAAUUCCAAAGCAUUUCCUUGCAGAGGAGCCACAAACUCUGACAGCUCCAUCAUUAAACCCAUUAAGAGCUCAACAAUUAGAGGCUCCAGUGAAACUCUCAGCAGACGAGAAGAUGGCCUGGAAAGGUUUCAGCCGUCAGUCGUCGCCUCACUCUCUAACUCCUACAAGAUCCCCGCUACAGGCUCUGUCGAUAUCUACAAGUCCCCCAGCUAUUGCACAAUCAACACCUCAAUUUGGUCGCACUUCUGAAGAAACUGGAGCUUUAGGGAAGCAGCAGGGUGAAGAAUCAAAGCAAACACUGACAAUCAUGACCUCAAAACCUGAUCAGCCUCCCAAACUUGGUUUUACACAUUUGUUGGCAGAUGAAUCUUAUAGUGAAACUGUGAACCAGUUCAUCCCAAGCAGUGGUCCUUUGGAGGAGAACAAGUCUCCAAAUGACAUAAAUAUACUACCUAACCCAGAUGCAGUACUGUCUCCUGGGUACCACGUGCCUUUCAUUGCCCCUCACCCUACAUCGCCUUCACCUGCACCCACAGAGCUCCCUCUGGAGGACUUUUACCCCACCAACACCAUGGACAUUGACUGGGGUUCUGGGGACUACUUGGAGACAAUGUCUUUCUUCGAUUCUGAUCGAGAUGACUACUCUCUGGUCACCAAGGUGCCCUCUGACCCGUAUGAUCUGGAGGACUACACAGAAACCUAUGACACAUCUUUCCCUGCCAGAGUGGGAAUAUCUCCUUCGUCAUUACAGCCGUCUCCCAGCCUUACAACGUCGUACAGCGCCGUGGCUCCACUCAAAUCUGUCCAACCACCCUCUAUUUCCAGCACGGCUCACUUUUCUCUGGAACCCUCUUCGGUGGCUAACAGUGAGCUGGUUGAUAUGUCCGAUGUUGAUUGGGCUGAUACUUUUACAAUUCAACCAACGGAUGUCCUCCUGCCUGACAUGAACAGCUUGGAGUAUUACACCACUCAGCUGUCCAAGGACAACAACAGUUCAGAAACCGGUGCCGAACACAGAGGGAAUGUCACGGUGGUGGCCAUCGACACUACAGACGUCCCUCCCACCAGCUUCAGCAAUGACCCUAAGCAGACAGAGGAGGAGUCGUCUGGUUAUCUGUCUGGAUUUGAGCCUGAUGAUGAAUUAACUACAGUCGGAACCACGCAGGAGAGCCCUAAGUUGACAAAUUCCACUGAUCUCUUCUUGGAUCCUUCCAUAGUUCCAACCCACUUUCUGGAUUCGUCUUCUUCCGUCUGGGACAAGACAGUUCCCAUCACGGAGUGGUCAUUCACUGCUGGCCCGAACCGUACUGCAUCAACAGAAGCGGUCCACGCCAGUACAACACCUCUGCUGCCAGACGAUUUAAUGCCCUCCUCCUCUCUGACAGACGUCCACUGGUUUGUUACAGAGUCGAUUCCCAAAAGUACCACACACAGCACUACUGUCUUAACCUCAGCUAUCGCCUUCUCUUCUGUUUUCACUGAACCUGCUGCCAACAGCACUGCUGGUACAACAGAAUUAACUUUUCAUGACUCUCCUUAUACAACGGAGCAGUCUCUCACUAUAACUCCAGUUUCGACUGAAUCCACGUCUCAGAAUGUGACUGUGGUCCCCCCGUUUAUUUUGAGCGAUCAGGGGGUGACUGAAGAUGGAGUUGACAACCCAGCCACAACGACCUUGAUUGCGGCGAGCAGUGAAGUUAACACGCUCGCUGGUACAACUGCCACCACUACUUCUCAUCAAGCCACAACAGGAGUGACUGCCACCACCGAGGCCUCAGCGACUCACGACGUGACCUCCACCACCCGUGGAAAGACGACAACCACAGCUACAACCGCAAGACAGUACCUCUGCAACCUUGACAGGCCUGCUUAUUUAGUCAAAAUUGGUUUUCCAUCCGGGGCCACUAUCGGACACGCCAAGACUCAAAUCAGAGACAUACUGAAAGGAGAAUUCAACAAGUCAGUGGAGCUGCAGGUUGUGGAUCCCCCUCCAAAGUUUGUCUUCAGAGCGGUUUCUGGUCCGGUGGUGUACACCGCCGUAUCUGUCAUCAACGCCCUGCGCCGCUCUGGGCGCCGCUUCUUGUCCGUGUCUCCCAACUGGGCGAUACCAGACCGUAAAUAUCAGGUUCACACAGUGCUGCAGUUUGUCCCCGGCCACGUCGACGUGCGGUUCUGUAACUUCAGCGAGGGCAUUGAGAAAGGCUUGACCCUGGCCUUUGCGGAGGUGCGCCGGCGCUCAAAGGAGUCGACCAACUUCACCGUACAUAUCGUGAACAUCACCUUGGCUUCUCCCAAAUAUGAGGAGCGGCUACUGAAGAAGCCAGUGGACAUCACCUUCACUGUUCGUGGUCCGCGAGGUCACCUGGCGGGUUCAGAGGUCAGCAACGCUCUGAUGAAACUCACAACGGUGGAAUUCAGCUACUACAUGGGAUUUCCUGUCCUGCAGAUUGCUGAGCCUUUCCAUUAUCCUGAGCUGAACACCAGCCAGCUGCUUCGCUCCUCCUGGGUCAGAACAGUGCUCCUCGGUGUGCUGGAUCAGAAAGUCGGCGAGCGGACCUUCCAAGCCAGCAUGGAGCGUCGGGUGGCCAUGUUACUGGGAGAGGCGAUGGAGUCAGGCAGACGGGUUAAAAGAGCCACCGCCGUCGGCAACAGCAGUGUCCAGGUUGUGAGUGCGAGCCGGCUGGUCGGUGCAGAUCAUCCUUUAGAGAUCGUGUAUUUCGUGGAGGGACCCAACGGCCAGAGGAUACCUGCCGUCCGGACGGCAGACCUGCUGAACCACCUGGACGUUCAGAGGGCCGCCAUCGUCUUGGGGUAUCGCGUCCAGGGAGUUCUGGCUCAGCCGGUGGAGAAGGUCGCUUCCUCACCGUCCGACACCGAGAACACCAACCUGUGGAUCGUCAUCGGGGUCGUCGUUCCGCUCCUCCUGGUCGUCCUCAUCAUUUCCAUCCUGUACUGGAAGCUGUGCCGGACGGACAAGCUGGAGUUUCAGCCGGACGCCAUGACGUCCAUCCAGCAGAGGCAGAAGCUGCAGGCUCCGAGUGUGAAAGGCUUCGACUUUGCCAAGCUGCACCUUGGCCAGCAGAGCAAGGAUGAAGUCAUGGUGAUCCAGGAGUCGGUGCCGCCGGGGGCCGGCUCGGGGCCCCUCCCCCUGUCCAUUAAAGACGGCCUCAGUGCGUCUGAGAACGGAGAGAUCCCCACACCCAUCUCCAAAGCCUCGGCCUCCUCCACCAAGGCGUCACGCAGUGGCCGGAGGAGAGAAAGGAUCUCCCCGUCAGACGGCGACUCGGUGGUGAGUGACCGCUCCAGCGAGCGGGACUCCACGGAGGAGAACCUGAGGGUCCACGCCACGCCCAGCGACAGCAAGCAGACCCGGAAGGUCCCCAUCAAUGUUUUAAAUGGCAAGAAUAGAAUCGGUCCUCCUCCUGCGAACGGCACGAACGAGCAGCUGUCCUCGGCCGCCAUCUUCGAGCACGUCGAUCGGAUGUCUCGCGCCGCGGACGCCAGCAGGAGGCUCCCGAACAAAGUUCAGCUGAUCGCCAUGCAGCCCAUGCCCGUCCCGCCGCUGCACAGUCCGCCGGUCAACGGAAAACUGUCCGACGCAAACCAGAUCAACAAAGAGAUUCAGGUCGCACUCAGGCACAAGUCGGAGAUCGAGCACCAUCGUAACAAGAUUCGCCUGCGCGCCAAAAGGAAAGGUCACUACGACUUCCCCGCCAUGGACGACAUGGUCACCGGCCUCGGCGACGCCAAGGACCAGGAUCGCAUCUAUCAGAAGGCGCAGACGCAGAUCGACAAGAUCCUGGACCCGGACGCUCAGAUGCCCUCCGUCUUCAUCGAGUCGAAGAAAAGCAGCCGAGGGCGGCGCUCCCCGAAACAGAGAAUCAAAGAGCAGCUGAACGGAGGCAUGAUGGACGCGGACAAAGACCACCUCAUCUCUGAAGACAGCGACGCCGCCUACAGGAAGUGUCCCGGGGUCAACAACGUGGCCUACGUGUCGGACCCCGACCAAGGGCAAGGAUCCCCUCACAGGAGCCCCUCCCCCACCGACGACGUCUUCCUGGGCCCCGCCUCCUCCCCUCCGGGUCACGCCCCUCCCCCGCCCCCCUACAUGCCCCCGCAGCCCUCCAUCGAGGAGGCGCGGCAGCAGAUGCACUCCCUGCUGGACGACGCCUUCGCCCUGGUGUCGCCCACGUCGCAGGGCGGCACGGCGGGAAUCACCCUCCCGGGGGGCAACGGCAACCCGCCCGGCUCCAGCCCCCCGGGCCGCGGCCCCCGGCCCUGGGGCCCCUCCUACCAGGCCUUCGCUCCUUUCCCCGGUCAGAGAUUCACUGAGCUCAGCUCUCCUGCAGUCCACGGACUGACACCGAGGCAGGGCCUUGGCUCCGGCUACCUGGCACCGGGCGAAGCGGCGGGGCACGGCGAUCCGCUCCAGCCGGACAGCCUGUACUCCAGCAGGGGCCUGUACGCCGACGAGCUGCCCUCGUCUGCCAGGCCGCGGCCGGUCGGGGGGACGACAGGCGCGCAGCUCCAUCAUCUCACACAGGUGGGCUUGUCCAGCCGGAUGAACGGCUACCCAGCGGGGGUCCGAGCGGCUCCGGGCCAGAACGGAGGCUGGAACCACUACCAUGACGACAAUUUCUCCAGACCCGAACCUGAGAAGGAGGCGUUCCUGGACUGUCCUGACUACUCGUCCUCCUCUAUCUUCCAGACGCCCCGGGGCGGCAUCAGGGAGGCGGCGGCCACCCCGCCCCACCUGGACCCCCCGGGGGUGGCCGGCUACCUGUCGGCCCCCCCGCCGCUGGACACGUCUCCGCCCACGCACUCCUCCGCCUCCCUGAUCAAGGCCAUCAGGGAGGAGCUGCUGCGCCUGUCGCAGAAGCAGGCGGCGGUGCCCAGCUACCACAGCUGAAGACCCCGCCCCCGCCCCCACCCAUCCUCCACUCCCCCCCAGUCUACAGCUCACUGACUAACCAGUCAUGUCCACUGACCCCGCCUGCUUCGCCUAACCUGACAAUGCUUCCCAUGGAAGUCCCUGAAGGUGUGCAGCAGCGGGAUCGUCCCGCUCACCUGAACUGGGUUUUUUGAUCACCUGCAGCUGAAAUCGCCGUCAGACGGGGGAUCAAACCGACACCCGCGGACUCGUCGUGCCUGUGUAUCUGCCCCAAGGAGGGAUAUCGGCUACUGCGGAUCCUCAUCCUGGACUUGAUUCAAAUUUUUUUCUGCGUUUCUUUACUGUUUUUUACUCUCACGCCGCCUUCACGCGCAGACGGACUCCUCCAUCCCCUUUUUCAAAGAAAGAAAAUGUCUUUGUUACUCGAACCGCCGCACCACUGACGUGUUUCCUACUCCUUUCUAUUUUUUUUUUUUUUUUUUACGUUGGAUCGUUCACCAUCGGGUGCUACUUCCUGUCGUUUCUGCCAUGAUGAGCCAAGCUAUGCCUUGACACUGUGAGAUCGAUCACCUGACCAUAUCCACUGGCUGAGCCUGCAGCGAGGCGUCCACGCACACUCACACACUCAUCAACACCACCGCUCAUCGCAGUGCAGCCGUGUUCGUCCCAGCUCACACGUUUUGACCUUUGUUCAGUAGCUACUUGAUCGCUAUAUAAACAGGAAGUUAAAAAAAAAAAAAGCUGCAGGUACAGAGGUGUUAAUAAUAAAUGGCAGUAUGUACUCGGCUAAUAAUACUGUGUGUAUUCAGUAUUUGGUUAUUAAUCAAUGCACUGUAAGCAGACUACUUGGUACCGCUCAGGUUUUUCAAAGAGAUUCCUCUUUUGAAAAAUUGGUAGAAAUGUGCUUGUAAAUUAGAGGAAGUCUCUCACGCUAGUGUUGGAUUUUGAAUAACUUCUGUAUUUACUCUUAACUGGAGCACCCUUCUUGUUUCAUGCAGUAUUUGCAGUUUG